AUGUCGCUCCUCACGGCCGAUGAGAUCCCAACCCUCUCCUUGCUCUACAAGCUAGGCAAGCUCCCGUCGACGCCAUCGGGCACCAAGAUCCCGACGACCCUCUCCUUCAAGCCCGCCGGGCCCAUCACCCCUUCCAAGGCGCUCAACGACCGCGUGUGCCUCGUGCGACACGAUAUCACGAAACUCGAGGUCGAUGCAAUCACCAACGCGGCCAACAAGUCGCUUCGAGGCGGCGGCGGCAUCGACGGCGCUAUUCACGCCGCGGCUGGCCCUGGCCUCCUGGCAGAGUGCCGCACUCUUGGAGGGUGCAAGACUGGCGACGCGAAGAUCACUGGUGGACACGACCUGCCCGCAAAGAAGGUCAUCCACGCCGUCGGCCCCAUCUACGACCCCAUCGAGCCCCAGGAGAGCGAGGAACUUUUGACUUCGGCCUACAACAAGGUGCUGAACUUGGCGGUGGACUCUGAGUGCAAGACCUUGGCCCUGUGCGGUAUCAGCACGGGCAUCUAUGGCUACCCCCCUCUUGAGGCUGCUCCCGUCGCCAUCUCCACUGUCAAGAAGUUUUUGGAGAGCGAGAAGGGCCAGAAGUUGGAGAAGAUCGUCUUUGUCACGUGGGUAAAGCAGGAUGUUGAGUCUUACGCCCACUACCUGCCUGUUUACUUCCCUCCAGUUCAAGACGCCGCUAAGAUCGAGCCGAAGGACGAGGCGGAGGCCGACCCCGAAGACGUCGAGGCCGCGAAGGAAAUCGCCAGCAAGCUACCCGACGUCCCCACCUCUGAGCCCGGCGAAUCCGAGCACCCCGAAAAGAAGCAGAAGCAGUGA